AAGGAUUUAAAGCCCCACCUUUCAUUUCCCUCUCUUCUCCUUCUUCACUUGUGAUGAAUAGGCUCUAUCACCAAACAACACCUUGGGUUUGUUUCUGAUACCUAUUUUUAGUUCAUUCUGAAAACUUUUCCCAGAAAGCUUUAGCUCUCAAAAAGGUGAAGAAACAGAUGAAACACUUAUUUUAGUGCAGACAGCAUUUUAACUUUUGCCAUUCAAGUCAACAUGACUCCUGUAAUCCCCUGUUCCAUUAGCAACAUCACACUUAUUCCCGGAACUGCCUGUACAGUAAGGAAGAAUACUUGUUUAACAAGAUGCAGUUUACCAAGAAAACAUACAAGAUAUGCUUUACCCUCACAAAGAUUUAUGCUACCUCUCUCAACUUGUGUUACACUGUUUCCACAAUACAGAACAUGGUAUGCUUUACAUAGAAAACCUGGAAUACAUAUAUCAGCCACAGGGACUGAUGUAGCAGUGGAGGAAUCUGAUUCUACUGUGACAGACGUUUCAAGUGGAGGCUCAGAAAUACAAUCGGAUGCUGUUGAAACAAGUGAAAAAUCAACCAGCAAAUCAGACUCCGGUCCCACUCCAACUCAGUCCAGACAAACAAGACCUGUUAGAAAAAGUGAGAUGCCACCUAUUAAGAAUGAGGAGCUUAUUCCUGGUGCGAUGUUUACUGGGAAAGUAAGAUCAAUCCAACCAUUUGGUGCGUUUGUUGAUUUUGGAGCUUUCACAGAUGGGUUGGUGCAUGUUUCCCGGUUGAGUGAUAGCUUUGUUAAGGAUGUUGCAAGUGUUGUGUCUGUUGGACAAGAGGUGAAGGUGAGGUUAGUUGAAGUGAACACUGAGAGUGGGAGGAUAUCUCUGUCUAUGCGUGAAAAUGAUGAUGCUAGUAAACGCCAGCCACGAAAAGAUGGUCCUGCUGCUACUGAUAGGGCAAGGCCUGCUAGGAAGAAUGCUUCAAAGCCCAGCCAGAGAAAGGAGGAGGUGAAAAGUUCAAAAUUUGUCAAGGGACAAGACCUAGAGGGCACUGUGAAGAAUUUAACUAGGUCUGGUGCUUUUAUAUCCCUUCCUGAGGGGGAAGAAGGAUUCUUGCCGACAUCUGAAGAAUCUGAUGAUGGACUUAUGAGCAUGAUGGGAGGCUCAUCACUGCAAGUUGGCCAAGAAGUCAAUGUACGUGUGUUACGCAUCUCAAGGGGACGAGUAACCUUGACGAUGAAGAAAGAAGAGGAUGAUGACAAAUUGGACUCACAGCUCAACCAAGGUGUGGUUCAUACUGCAACAAAUCCUUUUGUGCUAGCUUUCCGUGAGAAUAAGGAGAUUGCUGCAUUUUUGGAUCGGAGAGAAAAGUCAGAGGAAAUAAAGGUUCAACCAGCUGAGGAGUCGGCCACUGUUUCUACUGCAGCAAAUGAAAUAAUUGAAAAGGAAACAGAAAUAGUUGAAAAGGAAACAGAUACAGUAAACAAGGCUGAGGAAACCACAGAAAAAGAAACAGAGGAGAUUUCUGAAGUUUUAUCCCCUGAAGGUAGUGCCGAGUCUCCUUCAGUAGAUGAAUUGGAAAAUGAUGAAACAGCUGGAUCAUCUGGAGAAGUAGUUGAUCAAGUUACGACUUCAGCAAAUUCAGUAGCUGAUGAAAUUUCCACACCGAAAGAUGAAGUACGAGUAGAAACACCUCUAGCUGAGGGCAAAAGUCCUUCUGCUGCAUCAGCUCAAGAUGAAGAAGUUGGAGCUAUUCCUGGAGAAAAUGGCAGUGUUUCCAGCACAGGUGUACAACCCGAUGUUCUUGUUCCCAAGGAUCCUGAAGAUACAGUGGAAAACAAUGUAACUUCUGAUCCAUCUCAAGAAUCUGCUGAUGAUCAGAUUAAGUCUUCAGGAAGUGAAGUGAUUGAAGGACCAGAGAAUCAAGUUGAGGAUACCAAAGAUGAAGUGCAGAUAGAGACACCAGUUUCUAAGGUUGAAAUUCCUUCUACUUCACAAGUUGAAGAGGCAGAACCUGCACCUCAGAAGAGUGACGAGGUUACAGAUUCGAAUGUCUCUGCUCCUAAGGAAAAUGUGACUAAAGCCGCAACUAUAUCACCAGCUCUUGUAAAGCAGCUCCGUGAAGAAACAGGAGCAGGAAUGAUGGAUUGCAAGAAAGCUCUCUCAGAGACUGGAGGGGACAUUGUUAAAGCUCAGGAGUUUCUCCGCAAGAAAGGCUUGGCAAGUGCAGAAAAAAAAGCCAGUCGAGUUACAGCUGAAGGAAGAAUAGGUUCUUACAUUCAUGAUAGCAGGAUUGGUGUCCUGGUAGAGGUUAACUGUGAGACAGAUUUUGUCUCCCGAGGUGACAUUUUUAAGGAGCUUGUUGACGAUCUAGCCAUGCAGGUCGCUGCCUGCUCUCAAGUACAAUAUCUUGUUCCAGAAGAUGUUCCUGAGGAUAUUGUAAACAAGGAAAGAGAAAUAGAGAUGCAAAAGGAAGAUCUCUUAUCGAAACCAGAGCAGAUCAGAUCAAAGAUUGUUGAAGGUCGGAUAAGGAAGAGACUUGAGGACUUGGCUUUACUCGAGCAGCCCUACAUUAAGAAUGAUAAGGUGGUGGUGAAAGAUUGGGUGAAGCAGACUAUUGCAACCAUUGGAGAAAAUAUUAAAGUGAAAAGAUUUGUGAGGUUCAAUCUUGGAGAGGGCCUGGAGAAGAAAAGCCAGGAUUUUGCUGCUGAAGUGGCUGCCCAAACUGCAGCGAAACCAGUAUCUACUGCUGGAAAAGAGCAAUCAGGUUCAGUGGAAGCCAAGGAAGUUGAUCAGAAACCAACAGUAGCAGUCUCUGCUGCACUUGUUAAACAACUGCGUGAUGAAACAGGAGCUGGGAUGAUGGACUGCAAGAAAGCUCUGACUGAAACUGGAGGCGAUCUUGAGAAGGCUCAGGAAUACCUUAGAAAGAAGGGCCUUUCAACUGCUGACAAGAAAUCCAGCCGGCUUGCUGCUGAAGGCAGAAUUGGUUCCUACAUUCACGACUCUCGCAUUGGUGUACUAAUUGAAGUCAACUGUGAGACCGACUUUGUUGGUAGAAGCGAAAAAUUCAAAGAGCUGGUUGAUGACCUAGCAAUGCAAGUCGUUGCCUGUCCACAGGUGCAGUUUGUAUCCAUUGAAGAAGUUCCAGAGAGUGUUGUGAGUAAAGAAAAAGACCUUGAGAUGCAAAGAGAAGAUCUUGCAUCAAAACCAGAGAACAUUAGAGAGAAAAUUGUCGAAGGGAGGGUCUCAAAGAGGCUUGGAGAGCUUGCCCUUUUGGAACAGCCGUUCAUUAAGGAUGACAGUGUGCUGGUUAAAGACUUGGUAAAGCAAACUGUUGCAGCAAUUGGAGAGAACAUAAAAGUCCGAAGGUUUGUUCGAUUUACUCUUGGAGAGAGUUGAAGAUACUAAAACAGGAACUGAAGAAUGAGACAGGAGGAUGUUGCUUUAAGAAGGAACUCCCAAUGAUACCAAUGGGAAACAAUGGAGGCAACUGAGAGAUCUGGUUGGUGGUAGGAACUAAUUUUUGGAGGAGAGAGUAAUGUGAUUCUUUUUUGAUGUGAUUAAGCAAGUUUUCAAUGUAGUGAGCGUCAUUGUAUUCAAAGCUACUUCUGAUUUUGUAAGAUGAGAUUAGUAUCUUUCCAAUUGUUUUGCAAAAAUGGAAAUACUGAAACAUGUGAGGAAUUAUUAAAUUAAAUCAGAAGUUGGUUUCGUA